AUGGCGGCUCCCUUGGCCCUGGUGCUGGUGGUGGCUGUGACUGUGCGGGCGGCCUUGUUCCGCUCCAGUCUGGCCGAGUUCAUCUCCGAGCGGGUGGAGGUGGUGUCCCCACUGAGCUCUUGGAAGAGAGUGGUUGAAGGCCUCGCACUGUUGGACUUGGGAGUGUCCCCAUAUUCAGGAGCAGUAUUUCAUGAAACUCCAUUAAUAAUAUACCUCUUUCAUUUCCUGAUUGACUAUGCUGAAUUGGUAUUUAUGAUAACUGAUGCACUCACUGCCAUUGCCCUGUAUUUUGCAAUCCAGGACUUCAAUAAAGUUGUGUUUAAAAAGCAGAAACUCCUCCUUGAACUAGACCAGUAUGCCCCAGAUGUGGCCGAACUCAUCCGAACGCCAAUGGAAAUGCGUCACAUCCCUCUGAAAGUCGCCCUGUUCUAUCUCUUAAAUCCCUACACGAUCUUAUCUUGUGUUGCCAAGUCUACCUGCGCCAUCAACAAUACCCUCAUUGCUUUCUUCAUUUUGACCACGAUAAAAGGUAGUGCCUUCCUCAGUGCUAUUUUUCUUGCCUUAGCGACAUACCAGUCUCUGUACCCACUCACCUUGUUUGUCCCAGGACUCCUUUAUCUCCUCCAGCGGGAGUACAUACCUGUGAAAGUAAAGAGCAGAGCCUUCUGGAUCUUCUCUUGGGAGUAUGCCAUGAUGUACGUGGGGAGCCUAGUGGUGAUCAUUUGCCUCUCCUUCUUCCUUCUCAGCUCUUGGGAUUUCAUCCCCGCAGUCUACGGCUUCAUACUUUCUGUUCCAGACCUCACUCCAAACAUCGGUCUGUUUUGGUACUUCUUUGCGGAGAUGUUUGAGCACUUCAGCCUCUUCUUCGUGUGUGUGUUUCAGAUCAACGUCUUCUUCUACACGAUCCCCUUAGCCAUAAAGCUGAAGGAGCAUCCUAUCUUCUUCAUGUUCAUCCAGAUUGCCAUCAUCUCCAUCUUCAAGUCCUACCCAACAGUGGGAGAUGUGGCCCUCUAUAUGGCCUUCUUCCCCGUGUGGAACCAUCUCUACAGAUUCCUGCGGAACAUCUUUGUCCUCGGCUGCAUCAUCAUUGUCUGCUCCCUGCUCUUCCCGGUCCUGUGGCACCUCUGGAUUUACGCAGGGAGUGCCAACUCCAACUUCUUCUAUGCCAUCACACUGACCUUCAACGUUGGGCAGAUCCUGCUGAUUUCUGACUACUUCUACGCCUUCCUGCGGCGCGAGUACUACCUCACUCACGGUCUCUACCUGACGGCCAAGGACGGCACAGAGGCCAUGCUUGUGCUCAAGUAG